UCAAAGUUACUCUAGAUAGCAUCGCAAUGUUGUAUUACGGAGUAUUCUGCGGUGUGCUGUCACCGCGGCAAUGCUGUGGUGGCCCUGGCAGAAAGUCCCGGCCAUCCCCAGCCAUUUCAUGGACUCCCGUUUCACUCCUCGCUGUAUCGCACUGAGACAGUCCUAACAUGAGGUAAGGAUGGUUACAGAACCCGAGUAUCCCGUGCAUCUCCAACCUCUCAUCCCUUCGGGACUGAGUUUCGAGCAGACGAUGCGGCGGCACUGGUUAUGCUUUCUCCAAGCUUCGACCCCACCAGCAGGCUGCCCAAUUGCCGGGGAAUACCAAGGCGUCCGCCGAAGAUCAUCGCUCCAGAGAUGCUGGCCUCAGUGCUGUUCGACCGAUUAUUGCUCACACGGAGAGGCUCCAAUGCAAACUCGCACCAAAGCAGUGGACCACCAGCGUCCAUGGCAAACCUCUGUCCUCCUGCCCUCCCCGCCUCUGCAAUUAUAUCGUCACCCUUGAAUGGAGCUUGAGCUCUCUUUGCUAUCGGGAGACCGGCGAUGAGGGGGCUUACAGUGCAGAUCCUACGAUCGACGCAAUGUCGACCUUUGUGAAGGAUAAUCCUCCGAUGCGAGCGCACUUAUAAGUCGGAGCCGGUCGCUCGCUGGCAGCUUCUUCUUCCCGCCAUCUGCUGUCUAUUUUUCCGAUUUUCUCGCAGCUAACCGUCGACACCAUGGGGGUUUUCGGGAAGAAGCAUGCUUUGAGCGGCGACAAUGCGCCUGAAAAUAGAAAAGAGACGCAAAAUCCCUUAACGUCUGACGAUGCUAUUCAAAGUAUUCACAGCGCAGACCCAGAGAAACAAUCGGAACCAUAUACCAAUGAAUCGCAUACUGCACUGCCCCAGAUGCCUUCCCCGCGGAUCUCAAUCGACCCUAUGCUGGAGGCUCGGGUGGUCCGCAAAUUGGAUUGUAGGGUUCCGACACUUUUGGGCUUCUUGUAUCUGCUUGCUCUCUUGGAUCGAAGUAACAUAGGAAAUGCGAGGAUCGCGGGCAUGGAAGAAGACCUGAACAUCUCAGGAAGUCACUAUUCUUGGUUGUUGACUAUUUUCUACAUCUCGUAUACACUAUUUGAGCCUCUGGCACUCAUGUGGAAACUUAUGCCACCACAUAGAUGGGCCGCUAUCUCAGCCAUGACCUGGGGCAUUGUAGCGACUUGCCAGGCCGCUGUGCAAAACUGGGCCGGGCUAAUGGCCUUGCGUUUUCUCCUGGGUGCCGCAGAGGCGGCCUUUGGCCCGGGGUCUCCGUAUCUACUGUCUUUCUUCUAUAGUCGACGGGAACUUGGCCUCCGCUGCGGAUUGUUUGUUUCCGCAGCGCCUCUGGCUAACACGUUUGCUGGAGCUCUGGCGUACGGAAUCACAUCUGGCCAUUCGAAGCUGGCCAACUGGAGACUCCUGUUUCUGGUUGAGGGAGCCCCAUCCUGCUUGGCGGCCGUUCUAGCCUGGUAUUUCUUGCCAGAUCACCCCUCCUCUGCUAGGUUCUUGACCGAAGAGGAGAAAGACGUUGCACGAGCGCGGUCGCUCCGCCGCAGCGGCGAAAGCGAGCGGGUAGGCGGAGUGAACUGGAAAGAGCUAGGGCAGACCUUGCUGGAGGUGAAGCCCUGGAUCACAGCGCUCAUGUACUUCAGCUGCAAUGUGAGCUUCUCCUCACUACCAGUCUUCCUCCCCACAAUUCUCGAAGACAUGGGCUUCGAAUCAAUCCACGCCCAGGGUCUCACAGCUCCGCCAUUCUUCGUCUCCUUUAUCAUCAGCAUUGCAACUACUUGGCUCGCCGAUCGUCUUCAACAGCGAGGCUUAAUGAUUGUUGUCUUAUCCAUCAUUGGUACAGUAGGCUACGUCCUCCUCGCCGCCUGUACGUCCGUCAGCGUCCGUUACUUUGGGGUGUUCCUCGCUGCAGCGGGUGUCUUCCCCUGCAUUGCCAAUAUCCUCCCCUGGGUUCUCAACAACCAAGGCUCCGACAGCCGCCGCGGAAUGGGUAUCGUGAUCCUAAACAUAAUCGGGCAAUGCGGCCCCUUCCUCGGAACAAACGUGUUUCCCGACAGCGACGGGCCGCGCUAUAUUCGAGGCCAAUCGAUUUGCGCGGCGUUUAUGCUCUUCAAUGCCGUUCUUGCGCUGGUGCUCCGGUUUAUACUUGUAUGGGAGAAUAAGCGUCUCGACAAGCAGUAUGGGCCUGUUGAUGAGGCUGUUGUGAGAGCGGAUGGGAAGGGGAAUACUGUUGGGGAGGAGAAUUAUGGUGCGAGUUUUCGGUAUGUUUUGUAGGAUGCUCCAGGUAGGGCUAGGUGGUUGGAUACAUGGGGGUGGAGGGUAUGUGGUUCAGAGUAUCAUGUGGCGGUACAUAUAAUGAGUUUUGGAAUGACACUGAUGCAAGUAUGAUAUACCUUUUGUGAUGGAGAAUACCUUCACGAGGUCUCUUAAGAUUUGUUGGUAAUGCCGUAGGAAGUAUAGCAGUAGCGUCGUCUGAGAGAGCGAGGAAGCUGUCUCUUAAAC